AUGCUCCCAGAGAUCAGCAUUCGCACGCAAAAGCAUUCAAGGCAGCGCAGAAGCAACGCUCGCACUAAGCAGGCACAGAGCCGUGGACGGUCAAUAGCCGAGUGGGAUGAGGAGAAGGCCGGGUACACGCGAUACUGCACAGAUAUCUUGGCCAGCCAGGCAAGUCAUCCGGCACAGAGCGCAGCGGGUCGCAGCAGCGCAGGGAGCGAUGAAGGGCAAGAAUGGGAACGGAGAACGGGGACGCAGCAGUGGCCGGUGGGCAGCUGGCCGACCUGUUCUGUUCCCCCGCAGCUGCCGAGCACGAGUACUGCGGUGGUUCGUGCCACAAGUACGAGUACACGGGCAACUGCAGCCACACAGCGUCAGGCGCAUGUACUCUGCACUACUAAGCGAUCCACGAUACAGCACUCGCAGUCGCAGUACUUUGCAGGCACCCACAGAAACUUGAGCGAGUCGAGCGUUGACAAGGUGAGGCCUGCUUUGUGGCGGCAGAGUUGCGAGCUAGUGGCUUGGGCGCCGCGUGCAAAAUCUCUGCCGGCCACGCUGAUUCGCCAGACAGCUAUGCCUGGCGCCUGCGAUUGGCUGCGCUGCUGCCAUCUGAGCCCUGCUAGUUCUCCAUGCCGUUUAGCAGAAAUGAGCCAAUCUCGAUCCCCAGGUGGUCUGUUGGCAGGGAUAGCUCCCUGCGUGGUGUUGGCGCUACAGUCGGUUGGUCCCGCGGCCCCUGCCGCUUCAUGCACGAGCCAGCACUUCGUCACAGCUGCAAAGCUCCGCUGCGGGGCCAAGUCCGCACGUUUCGACCGAUCUUCAGCGAGGAGAAAGAACGAGCAGAGCAGAACGACUUCCUUCUCUGGCCGUUUCGACUCGUAUGGCUGCCUGACUGAUGGAAAUGAGAUAUCGCAUUUGCCUAAAUCGGCUGAAUUCGGUGCCGCUUCGCCUCGCCAGAGAGAGGAAAUUUGCUGUGGCCCAAGGCAAUAA